AUGCCUCAAUCUGAUGCAACCAUUAUCGUGACAUCUUUUUAUGAUCUCGAAGCACUUGAUAAAAAUCAACAAGUAUUCAAGUUUUCAGAACUGAAAGGAAAAGUGGCGUUAAUUGUUAAUACGGCAUCCAAAUGCGGAUUCACACCACAAUUCGCUGGUCUUGAGAAGUUAUAUCAAAAGUAUAAGAAUGAUGGAUUGGUGAUUAUGGGAUUUCCAAGUGGUCAAUUCAAUCAAGAAUUAAAUAACCAAGAAGCAAUCUCUGAAUUUUGCCAAGUAAACUAUGGUGUCACAUUUCCAAUCAUGGCUAAAGUCGAGGUAAACGGUGAUAAUGCCUCCCCCGUUUACAAUUAUCUUAAAAGUCAGAAGGCAGGGUUAUUUGGACUUCGACGUAUCAAAUGGAAUUUCGAGAAAUUUCUGAUAGAUCGUAAUGGUAAAGUUGUGCAGCGAUAUGGAACACGUAGAUUCACAAUUCAAGACACUGAAAAAAUUACAUGGUCAGAAUUCGAGAAACGUACUCGUGAUUUAUUCAAACUACCCUCUUGGACUCCAUUCACUCUCUCGUAUACUGAUGAAGAAGGAGAUAAUAUCACCUUAUCUACGGAUUUUGAACUUGAACAAAUAAACAAUGCGGUAUCAUCUGUAUCAAAUACAAGCUUGAUAUCGGAUACUUUUGGGAUCGAUGAGAUUCCUUCGUUCGCGCGUAAUAAAAAUGGCGUCUCUUCGUUUACACGUAAUAAGAAGAAAGAUAUUGUAGUAUUUGACAAAGAGGAGGAAGGAGAUGAAUUUGUCAAUAUUGAACCUACUUUUCAUCCUACAAUUUAUACAACUCCGAUUGACACUGAACAAAAAGAAAAAGAACCUAUUAAAGAACUUAUUAGCAAAAAUAAUGCUAUUAUAGAAGAAGAAUCAAAUAUGGAAAAAAGAUCCAAGGAUAAUGACAAAUUUGAACAACUGUCUCCAUUACCAUCACAUGAUCAACAAACAUCUCUUGCAGAAGAAUUUCAAACCGACCAAAGACAACAAGUUCCGAUAUUAACGCAACAAUUUAAUCGUACUUGGAUGCAAUAUCGAUCACCUCGUGGAAACAGUAAUUAUUGUGGUCGUCCUCAAGCUGGCUCUAUUUUGUCAUCUCGUUGGCGAAAUCACAAUGCCGAUAAUGAUAAAGGAAGCGGAUCAGGAUCAGGAGGAGCAAAGCAAGCGUACGGACUUUCACCAAAUGAAAUGAAUUCAAAAUUAGAGGCAUUACAUGCGAUGGGAUUCGGAAAUGAUCUACAGAAUAAAGAGCUGUUGUAUAUGUAUAACGGAAAUGUAGAAUCGGUGGUUGAAGAAAUACUUGUGAAAUCUAAACGCACAGAACAAUAUAAGUAA